ACUAAAAAUCUGAAAAAGGUGUUUCGAAAUCGAUUAAAAUAUCCAAUGCGAAGUUUAGAGAUUGUGUGCCAUUCAUUAAUAAUAUAUUCAUAUAAUUGAUUGUUCUAAAAAAUAACAGCAAUAUAAAUCUUAGAAUGCGCGGAAGUGUGAUCUUUCAACCAAGCCGAAGCCUGGGAUAUGUCAGUAAUCAUAUCCCGGCGUAUGUACGAUACAUUGAAAAGCGUAAUGAGAACAUCAUAACAACCUGUGUCGGUAAAUCUUUUCAUGUCUAUGCUGCAAAUAGCUUCCGGUUAGUGCGAGUUAGUGGAUUGCAUCCAGAAGAAAUUUCUUGUAUUGCUGCAGAUGGUUUUUUAACGUACAUUGCCGCUGGCAAUGUAAUCUAUGGUUGGCGCUCUAGUAACCAACUGCGAAAAACCUAUAGAGGACAUGUAAAACGAGUUCAUUUAUUACUUCCUUUCGGGAAACAUUUGUUAUCUAUUGAUGAAGCCAAUUUGCUUAAAAUUUGGUUCAUAGGAACAGAAGAAGUUUACCUCGAAAUUCCUUUUAACGAGAAGUACUUCAAUAUAUCAGCGCUUAUGCACCCGGCCGCAUAUAAAAACAAAGUGUUACUUGGAAGUACACAGGGAGGAUUGCAACUAUGGAACAUCGAGAAAGCUAAGUUGGUACAUGCAUUUAAAGACGUCGGUAGUCAGAUUUCUGUACUGGAACAGGCACCAGCCAUUGACGUAGCAGCUGUUGGUUUGAAAAAUGGCAGAAUUAUCCUGUUAAACUUAAAAUAUGAACAAACCGUAAUUGAAUUGAGUCAAGAUUGGGGGCCCAUAACUGGAAUCACGUUUCGCACUGAUGGUCCUAAUGAUGAUCAUUAUAUCAUGAUCACUUCAAGUACAAAUGGACAGGCCACGAUUUGGAAUCUAAAAGAACAUUCAAUUGUUUCCACGCUCCAAGUUCACGACGAUUCUGUGACAACUCUUAAAUGUUUUGCAAAUGAGCCAUUGUUGCUAACCACUUCUGCAGAUAAUUCCAUGAAGUUAUGGAUAUUUGACUUACCAGAUGGAGGAGCUAGACUACUAAGAGUUCGUGAGGGUCAUGGAGCACCACCAACAUGUAUAAGAUAUCAUGGAUCCUCAGGGCAGUUUAUUUUAUCGUCUGGUGAAGAUUCCUCUUUACGUAUAUUCAACACCAUGUCUGAAACGUUGAAUAAGAGUUUAGGAAAAGCUAGUUACAAUCGAAAGGCUUCAAAAAAGUACCGUAAAAAAGAAGAUCCUUUUCAAAUGCCACCGAUCUGUUUUUUCACUUCCGAAACUACACGCGAUAAAGACUGGGAUAGUAUCGCAGCUGCACAUUAUGGAUUAGUACAAGUGACAACUUGGUCUUUUGAUAAAUGUCGCAUGGGUGAACUCAAACUUGUACCUGAGAUGUUCCAAAGUAAAAAUCGUAGCGAUUUUGGAGUAUCUGUGACAGCCAUUUGCUUGAGUUAUUGUGGUAACUUUGUCACUAUCGGUUAUUCGAGUGGUCACUUAGAGCGAUUCAAUGUUCAGAGCGGGAUUCACCGAGCCAGCUAUGGUAAACCACCAGCACAUGAAGGAGCUGUGCGUGGUGUCGCUAUGGAUAAUCUUAAUCAAUUCGUAGUAUCUGGAGGAGCAGAUGGAAUAAUAAAAUGGUGGCACUUCAAGCAUAAUGUCAACCAAGUUGUACACCAACUUCAACUUAAUGAGCCAAUAUCCCUAUUCAACACGCACCGCGAAGGAGCAAUGAUUUCUGUAGCAUUGGAGGAUUUUUCGAUAUCAAUUGUGGACGUUGAUAGUCGCAUUGUUGUGCGUACGUUUGAAAGUCAUAAAAGUCCGAUUACAGAUAUGUGUUUCUCGCCAGAUAAUCGUUGGCUUUUGUCGGCCAGCAAAGAUUGUACCAUUAAAGUCUGGGAUAUACCAUCUGCCUAUUUGAUAGAUCAUUUUAGGACGCCAAAAAUUUGUACUUCGCUGACAUUUUCUCCAUGUGGAGAUUUUCUGGCAACGGCAUUCGUUGACUGUAAAGAAAUCUAUUUAUGGACGAAUAAAACACUCUUUUCGCAUGUUCCGAUGCAUGCUAUAAACACGAAGAUCGAUGCUCCUCCGCUGGAUUUAUGUUUAGCUAUGGGUAAUGAAAACAAGCUUAUAGAAAAUGUACAUGAUUUGAGAGAAGCAAUGGAAAUGGUCAGUCUUAAUUACAAAAGUCCUGCGCAAUUAUCACAAGAACUAAUUACAAUGUCUAAUGCGCCGGUUUCUCGAUGGCAGAAUCUGCUUAAUUUGGAUGUUAUUAAAAAGCGAAAUCGGCCAAACAUUAAACCACAAAAGCCGAAAACGGCGCCGUUCUUUCUCCCAACAGUAUCGGGUCUUGAUUUUACGUUCGAUGUAAAUAAAGAUUCGCAGACAACUAUCGAAGAUAGUCAGCGUACAUUAAAAGAUAUGCAACAAUUGACAAGUUUUGGAAAACUUCUUAGAACUUGCGAAGAUGAAAAAUUCCAGAAGCCUAUUGACUUUCUUAGCAAUCUAGGUCCAUCAAUGGUAGAUUACGAAAUUUGUAACCUAUGUCCUUUGGAUGCUGUUGACGGAAAUGUCUCAACAAUGACUUUAUUCAUGAAUAUGAUCAUGUAUGUUUUAGAUAGUAAUGAACGAUUUGAGCUAGGGCAGAGUUGGUUAAGUUUGUUUCUUAAACACCACGGACGAACAAUUGUAAAACACACUGUUUUAAUGACAACACUAACACAACUUGAACAAAUACAAAUAAAAGGUUGGAAUGUUCUGGAGAAAAAUUUUUUGUAUGGGAUAGGAGUUGUAAGCAGUUUACGUAAUUUCAAUAUUUGAAUA